UCGAAGUUUAAUACAAAGUACAAAGAGAGACUGCCCGUUCAUUUCUCAUAAAUACAGGGAAAGCUGAGCUCUCAUCCCACUCGGCACUCGAGAGAGAGGAGAGAGAGGGAUUAAAAACAGAGUAAAACUUGACAAGUGAACUAAACCAAUGGGGGAGGUGGAGAAGAACAUGGAGGAGAAGAAGCCAGAGGAGGUGAAGAAAGAGGGAGAGAAAAAGCCUGAAGCUGCAGAGGAAAAGAAGGAGGAGAAGAAAGCCGAGGAGGGAAAAGAUGGGAAAAUAGAGGCCAAGGAGGGUGACGACGCCGCCGCUGCUCCACCGCCUCCGCCGCCACCUCAAGAAAUUGUGCUCAAAGUUUAUAUGCAUUGUGAAGGGUGUGCUCGCAAGGUGAAGCGGUGCCUCAAAGGAUUUCAAGGGGUGGAAGAUGUGAGCACAGAUUGCAAAACUCACAAGGUGGUUGUGAAGGGAGAGAAGGCUGAUCCAAUUAAGGUUCUUGAAAGAGUUCAGAGGAAGAGCCACCGGCAGGUGGAGCUGCUGUCUCCAAUCCCAAAACCGCCGACGGAGGAGGAGAAGAAGGCGGAGGAGAAAGAGAAGCCCAAGCCAGAAGAAAAGAAAGAGGAGCCUCAAGUCAUCACGGUGGUGCUGAAAGUUCACAUGCAUUGCGAUGCCUGUGCACAAGAAAUCAAGAAACGCAUUCUGAGAAUGAAAGGAGUGGAAUCUGCCGAAGCAGAUCUUAAGAGCUCAGAGGUGACAGUGAAGGGUGUGUUUGAUCCGGCUAAGCUAAUUGAUUAUGUACGCAAAAGAACCGGGAAGCAAGCGGCGAUCGUGAAGCAAGAACCGGAGAAGAAAGAGAAAGAAGAAGCCAAAGAAGCCAAAGAUGAGAAGAAAGGUGGUGAGGAAGGUGAUGAUAAAGAGAAGAAAGGAAAAGAUGGUGGUGGUGGUGAUGAAGCAAAAGCAGAAGAGAACAAGGAAAAUAAAGCCGACAACAAUGAAGAUGCAGCAGCCGCGGCCGCUGAUGGUGCACCGGAAGGAGCUGCCACAGAAGAGACUAAGGUGGUGGAGCUGAUGCAGAAGAAUGAGUACUAUUAUCACCCAUCAAGGUAUGCCAUGGAAUUGUAUGCCUACCCACCACCUCAGAUCUUCAGUGAUGAGAACCCUAAUGCCUGCUCUAUCAUGUAAAAAGUAGCGAUGUCAAGGGUAGAAUGGGAAUAUGGGAAACGAUGUUCAAUUGUCAAGUACCCUGUCCUGUUCAUGUGUUCCUGUGUUAUCUUUGUUGCUCUGGAGUGAACUAUAUCAUCUAUCUACAGAGAUAAGCUGUGGAAUUUUGUUAGGCUGCUGCAUUUUAUUUUCCCUUUUAGUUGGUAACUUGUUACGUAUAUAAAUAUGAAAAAGAAUAAAAUAAUAACAAUUAUAUCAUAUUAUAAUGA